GUGCAUUGCUACUGCCUGCACAUGCAUGCACAAUUGGAUGGAAAUUACCGGAAGAAAAACUGAUUUUGCCUGCGGGUAAAAGUAGGCCUGUAGCAGCAGUAGGAAUACUUUACACAUAGUUUUGGUCAAACAGGUUUGACAAGACUGUACACCACCCGCCCUCCAGACUGGCAAAGGCAAAAAGUGUGUGAUGCUGCUUAUUUAUGACGCCGCCUACAGUCCUAGUGCGCACAUCGCCUGUGCUUUCAUACUCCCGAGUCCAUAGCGCUAAAUUACUUUAUCAAAAGCCUGUUGAGGUAAUCCUUGCAUGACCCUUAAAACUUUCAAUUUUGGAGGUUUCUAGUAACUGUUUGACAUUUUGUCAGUCUUUAAGGCCUGAGCAAACUGCCAAUCCGAUGUAUCGGACAUGGCUACAGUUCCUCGCGCUUCUGGGUGGAUUUGCAGUGCCAGGUGUGCUGCGAGUCGGUGGGAUGGAGGUUUUUAUGUCCAAUGAGGUGGAGGCAGUGAACGGGACAGAAGUGAAACUGAAGUGCACCUUUAAGUCCAAACACCCCGUGUCCCUCUCCUCUGUGAUUGUCUCCUGGAACUUCCGUCCCUUGGCCCCGGGAGACGAGGAGUCGGUGUUUUACUACCAGGAUACGGCAUACCCCCCUACAGAGGGGCGGUUUAAGGGCCAUGUGGUGUGGUCGGGGGACAUCCUGAGACAGGACGCCUCCAUCAGCCUCCAGGACGUUCCCUUCACCUUCAACGGUACCUACACCUGCCAGGUUCGCAACCUGCCUGACGUCCACGGCAUCAACGGAGAGGUCACCCUCAGGGUCGUCCACAAAGUCUCCGUCUCUGAGAUAGGCAUGCUGGCUGUAGCCAUCGGGGCAGCCAUCGCCAUAGUCCUGGUGGUGCUGGGCAUCUUUGUGGUGUUCAAGUACCGCAAACUCAACCGCCACGCCAACACAGACCUGGAGCUGCAGGGGAGGGAACUGCAGGAGAGAGAGUUAAAUGGCAGGGUCCUAGAGGAGAGAGAGCUAAAUGCCAGGGUCCUAGAGGAGAGAGAGUUAAAUGCCAGGGUCCUAGAGGAGAGAGAGCUAAAUGGCAGGGUCCUAGAGGAGAGCGAGUUAAAUUCCAGGGUCCAAGAGGAGAGAGAGCUAAAUGCCAGUGUCCUAGAGGAGAGAGAGCUAAAUGCCAGGGAGAAGAAGGAGUGGAAGGACCCUACAGUGUGUUGAGGGGUCUAGGGGGGUCCAGGGGUCAGGGGCAAAUCCCCUCCCUACCUUUGCUGGUGUGGGUGAGGUGUCCUGUUUGUAUGGACUGGUCUCUGACUAGAGGGGCUGGCCAUUCCAGGUCCACUCUGUUUGGGAGGACUGAUGAGGGGGGGUCCUGCUUUCUUCUACCGUCUGCUCACAUGAGUCGCCAUUCAGACUCAACUUGCUACUGUAGUUGAACUUAACCCAGUAUUAGUGAUCCCUUUACAUUCCACCACUUUUCCAGGCACCAUUUCAUGUUUUUUAACAAACAGCUAUGUUAUUUAAUUUUAACUAUGUAGUAUUAUGACUACCAGUAGUCUAUUUGAGUCAAUUAUUUUACUGAGUAAUAGUCCAAGAGAUACCAGUAUGUUGGAGGAAUUUUUAAAAACCAAAAUUGCUGUUCUUUGGAACUUUUUCACUAACAUCAACUCACACUGGGACUGCUGGCCCAGCUGCCUGGCCUGGCCUAUGUCUCUGUCUGUGCUUCUCUACAUUAACUCACACUGGGACUGCUGGCCCAGCUGCCUGGCCUGGCCUAUGUCUCUGUCUGUGCUUCUCUACAUUAACUCACACUGGGACUGCUGGCCCAGCUGCCUGGCCUGGCCUAUGUCUCUGUCUGUGCUUCUCUACAUCAACUCACACUGGGACUGCUGGCCCAGCUGCCUGGCCUGGCCUAUGUCUCUGUCUGUGCUUCUCUACAUCAACUCACACUGGGACUGCUGGCCCAGCUGCCUGGCCUGGCCUAUGUCUGUCCGUCUCUGUGCUUCUCUACAUUAACUCACACUGGGACUGCUGGCCCAGCUGCCUGGCCUGGCCUAUGUCUGUCUGUCUGUGCUUCUCUACAUCAACUCACACUGGGACUGCUGGCCCAGCUGCCUGGCCUGGCCUAUGUCUCUGUCUGUGCUUCUCUACAUUAACUCUUGUUAGAUAUGGCUGAAUUGGCACCAGCUGCAGUCUCCUGAUGUGGUGGCAUCCAACUCAACUAGCAGACUGGUUCAGCAACUCUUUGCUCCAGUAUCCAUCUUCUUCUUCAUCACAUUUGGGAUGGUAGCCAUUUGUUCCAAAUUCGUUUACACAAUUAUUUUACCACUUGAAUAAUCAACAUACAGUUGAGCUCAUGGCUCAUAUGGACAUCAUUCCAAAAUUGUUUUUGACUGCCAAUUUAGCGAGUAUUUUUUUGUGGUUAUGGUCAAGGUCCCAUGGUGAGUUAAGUCAGUGAAACACUUUUGUUAAACCUGUGGCAUCUGGGGGUUGCUAAGGUAAGGGAUAGGGCAGCCCUGUAUCUGGCAGUGGCUAAUGUUAAGGCUAAGGGCAUUGGGCAGCAAGGCUUUUGGAAGCUUUCCAGGAGUUUUCAGUGACUAUCUGACAUUUAGUUUUCCUGGCCAACGCUCUCCUGCUUCCUGCAAAAAUGACAACUUAAAUGACUGCCUAUUACUUCUGGAUAUAAAAGGAACUGUGAUACAUCUUUGAAUGUAGAAGAACCCCACCAUUCCAUGAAGAAGCCUGUUUACCACGAAGAAGCCUGUUUACCAUGAAGAAGCCUGUUUACAAUGGAGAAGCCUGUUUUCCAUGAAGAAGCCUGUUUUCCAUGGGUUCUGUCAUUUUUGUGAACUGAUGUUGCCACCAUUUGUCCAUUAUAGGAAGCAGCUCCAUCUUUCUCCCUCUGUGUCCACACUGAGGAUAAUGGGUGUUGUGGUCUCAAAGGUUUCUCCCUUUCUCAUAUUCUGCCUCUCCUGUUGUAUUACAAAGCUGCCUAUGAGCCAAAUGAACAGAGGAGUCUAUCCAAGACACUGCCAACACCCCAGUCUGCCGCUCACUCCUACAGUGUACAUGAGUAUGACUUUCCGUUUAGGAGAAACAUGAAGAUGUCACUGUACCAAUCAUGAGGACAUUGCCAGUCCAUUCUAGCAGGAGACUCUACAAGGUGCUGGUUCUGUUCACCUGCUUGUGCAGUUAUCCAAUCUGAUGUGUUCUGUUCCUUCUGAUCUAUAUCUGCCACCAGCCAGACCCAUUACCCUCCCAUGGGACUGGAAACCGUAUUCUCCUGGUAAAGAAUUCCAUGAAUGAUUCUAUUGAUUUAUUUCAUGUAUGCGUUUGUAAAGAUCAAAACUGUAUAUUUUAUCACACGUUUUAUAAGGUUGAGAGAUUUAUUUUAUUGUGUGUUUUUCAAUAAAAUAAUGCUUGUUUUGAUGGUU